GAGGCCUUCGCUUCACGGGAAGUCGGAAGUCGCCGGGUUUGCUGACGUGUGAAGAGGCACUCCGAUGAUCCUGGGGAGUGUGGCGGAUGAAUGGUCGGCAUGGAGGUCCUUUACCAUCAGACCAACAAGCAGAUCCACGAAGUUCAGUCGUACAUGGGCCGUCUGGAAACCUCAGACAAGGAGUCUGUUCACUUGGUAGAAAAUGAAAUUCAGGCACGUAUAGACAGAAUUUUUAGCAAUCUAGACCGGCUGGAAAUCUUCUGUAACAAGGAACCUCCAAACAAGCGGCAAAAUGCCAAACUCCGGGUUGACCAGCUGAAAUAUGACAUUCAGCAUCUGCAGACAGGACUGCGAAAUUUCCAGCAUCGUCGCUAUUCACGGGAGCAGCAAGAAAGACAACGUGAGGAGCUUCUGACUCGAACAUUUACCACUAAUGAUUCUGACACCACCAUUCCAAUUGAUGAAACAUUACAAUUUAAUGAAUCCCUUCAAAAUGCCCACCGUGGCAUGGAUGAUCUUAUUGGAAGCGGCACCAGCAUCCUAAAGGGACUGAGGGAUCAGAGAGUGACAUUAAAGGGCACUCACAAGAAAAUAAUGGAUGUUGCCAAUAUGCUUGGUUUAUCUAAUACAGUAAUGCGUCUCAUUGAGAAACGUGCCUUCCAGGAUAAGUACUUCAUGAUUGGUGGCAUGCUUGUGACAUGCAUAAUCAUGUUCCUCGUAGUGCAGUAUCUUACCUGAAAGGCUGAAAAACAUACUACCAGACUGGGUUGGACUUUCUUUCUACACCGACUACCAGCAUAACUGUGAAUUUCCUGGAUUGGCCACAGCUGCCAUGUGACUCAUAAGAUGCUCAAGUUGAGCGGCUUAUAUAGAUUUUUGCCAUUGGUAUGCAGAGAUGCUUAGCUACACAACACUCAUCAUUUUUCAGUCAUUUAGUGGACAGUUGCCCAUGUGACUCUCAGGCUUAGUUGAAGAGCUGUCUCCUUUUGUUCUCUUAAUAAUCCUGGUAUAAGUUAUAAAGCUUCUCAACAAAGUGCCCAAUAAAUGAAGUGUUACUAUUGGAUCUAUAGAUUUCAUAGUUCCUCAAGAUCUAGAUGUCUAUGAACACUAUAAUUACUAGAGAAAAUGAAGUGGCUUGGCUUGAAGGACUCGUUGGCUUAACUUAUUGCAGGUGUGGGGCGCAGGGAGACUGUCUUGUUCCCGGCAAUGAUUAAAAUAAAUAGAAAUCCUUUAGUCCAUGUGCAAUGGUGAUGGUUUUUGAAAAUUAUAGAUUCUGUGUCUGUCAUUUAUCUAGAGUAAACAGACAGUGAAGACUAGCUGAACUACAGUGUAGUAACUUACUUGCAAGUAAACAAUUUAUGUGUUAGGGACCAUGAUAAUUUAGAUACAUGUGCUAAUGCUCCCUGUAGCAGAAUCCUGCUUUUAGUAUUGGGAAAGAAAUGUGGAACUUCCUGCUUAUCCUAAAAGAGAAUAACAAACUUCCUUGCAAAAUGCAUUUACAUGUAUAUUUUUAAAAAUUUAUACUUAGAAUCACUGGGUCACAGUAUAGCCAUUGUGUUUAUCACAAAAGUGUCAUCUUUUAAUUCCUCCAGCUUUUGUGUAUUCAGUUUCUUCUACUUUUCAUGAAUGCAAAAUUUAUUACUUAUUUCUGCAAUUUUAUGCUGUACAGUGCCCAAAAAUCUCUGAACUUUUUAUAUAGAGAGAUUUAACAAGAUGAAUUUAGCCACUUUUGAGUCUAAAGUAUAUAAUUCUUAAUGGAGUUGGGGCUGGGGGGCGGGGGUGUUGAAAUUUUGUGCAGAUCUCUUAAAGAACAGAGUUAAGUUGAAAACUUCCAGGCAAAUGCAUAUAAACCUAUCUCAGACCUAUUGUUCUUUGUUCCAACUGGGCCAGUAUUAUUGUUCUUUUUGAAAAACCUGAUUGUGAGUAGAUGAAUAGUAUAGAUACAGCAAAUUAUGUGGGCUGUUCUAUACUGUAAAUCUCAAA